GCUACCAGGUGGAACGUCACGUCCUAAUGUUCCGACGGAAUGUUUUCAGUGUGACACCACAACAUGGAACGUGAAGACAGAAUCACACCGAGCCGCGAAGACUGUGUUUAUACCAGCUGUUACUGUGAAGAAAAUGUUUGGAAACUCUGUGAAUUUGUCCGAUCGGAAAGAACCGCACCGCUGGAAGAAUUGUUUGUGGUUUUCAUCUCAAAUGAGAACCGGAAGGUUCCUUUGUGGAAGCAGAGGUCUGGACAUGGAGAGCAGCCAGUUAUCUGGGAUUACCACGUUGUGAUGCUGCAGGUUAGACGUCAUUCUUCUCUAGUUUAUGAUCUGGACACAGAGCUGUCGUUUCCCUGCAGCCUUAAACUGUAUGCUGCCCAGGCCUUGCGCUCGGACCGCACCAUUCAACCUACAUACCACAGGAUGUUGCGAGUUAUCCCUGCUGACAGCUUCCUUUUGAACUUUGCAUCGGAUCGAUCGCACAUGAAGAAGUCUGACGGAUCGUGGGGAAUGCCCCCCCCACUCUAUCCCCCCAUACAAACCACAGAGUGUCAGAUGAACCUAGAAGACUUCAUAAGUAUGAAACCUGCUGUUGGCUGGGGGGAAGUCUUCAGUCUGGAUCACUUCCUGCUACAACACACGGGGGACUCUUCUUCGUCAUCUUCAUCAGCACUAGCUUCAUCAUAGUCUUCUACUGCAUUGGCUUUUCAAUCAUCUGCUUCAUUAUUAUAAUGGUUAUUAUUAAGAUUAGGAUUAUUAUUAUGAUAAGUAUAUUAUUAAUAUCAUUAUUAGAAUCAUUAUUAUUAUGAUAAUGUAAUUAUUACAAUAUUAUCAUUCUAAUUAUUAUUAUUAUUAGUUAUACGAUUAUCGUAUCAUAUUUCUAUUAUCACUAUUAUUAUGAUUUUUAGUACAUUAGUUAUAAUAGUGUUUCAAUGUUAUUGGGAUUGUUAUGUUAUAAUUAUUAUUAUGGUGAAUAGGUGCUGUAUGAAUAAAUUAAGUGUUAUCGU